CCAUCUACUUCCUCUCUCCCUCGCUGCCUGCUCCCUCCCCAUCCACUCCACCACCCCCGCGAGCAGUCUCCCACCUGGUCAAACCACUCCCCGGCCCCUCCCCCACCACCGCGCACCAAUCCCAUCCGCCAUGCCUCCUCCACGCCUCCUCGCCCUCCUGCUCCUCGUCGCCCUAGCCCCCCUCCCUCCCGCCGCGCCGCAGCCCGCGCCGUCGGGUGCGGGGGCGCCCGCGGCGCCGCAGGAGGACGACUGGCGCUGCCUCAAAGGCGUCAAGUACGGCCUCAGCGACCCGGAGCAGCGCCUCGCGUCCUGGAGCUUCGCCAACUCCUCGGGGGGCGCCGUCUGCGAGUAUACCGGCGUCUCCUGCUGGAACAUGCAGGAAUCCCGCGUCAUCUCGCUCUCCCUCUCCGGUUUCGGGCUCCAGGGCCCCGUUCCCUCCUCGCUCCAGUACUGCCGCGCCGCCACCACGCUCGACCUCUCCGACAACGCGCUCAAGGGCCCGAUCCCCCCCACGCUCUGCGACUGGGUCCCCUUCCUCGUCUCCCUCGACCUCUCGGGGAACCACCUCUCCGGCCCGCUUCCCGCCGAGCUCGCCAACUGCCGCUUCCUCAACUCACUCAAGCUCUCCGGGAACUCCCUCUCCGGCCAGAUCCCCGCGUCCCUCGCGCGGCUCGACCGCCUCAAGUCGCUCGACCUCUCGGGGAACUUCCUCGAUGGCCAGAUCCCGCCCCAGCUCGGCGCGAGCUUCCCCAAGGAGUCCUUCUCCGGGAACUCGGGCCUCUGUGGCCACCCCGUGUCCUCCCACUGCGGCCGCGGGCUUGGGGGCACCGGCCUCGGCAUCGUCAUCGCUGCGGGAGUCUUCGGCGCCGCCGCGUCGCUGCUCCUCGCCUACUUCUUCUGGCGCUGCACCGGGAAGAGCAAGGGAGGGCGCCGCCGCCACAGGCGCGGGGGCAGCGAGUCAGGGGAGGACGGGAGCUGGUGGGCGGAGAGGCUGCGCGCUGCGCACAACCGGUUGGCCCCGGUGUCGCUGUUCCAGAAGCCGAUAGUGAAGGUCAAGCUCGCUGACCUCAUGGCCGCCACGCAGGACUUCAACACAAGCCACAUCGUGGUCGCUGGGAGCUCACGGGCGGGGACGGCUUACCGAGCCGUCCUGCGGGACGGGUCUGCGCUGACGGUCAAGCGUCUGCACUCGUGUCCGCUCUCAGAGAAGGCGUUCAGGGCAGAGAUGGGGCGGAUUGGGCAGCUGCGUCAUCCCAACAUCGUGCCACUUCUGGGGUUCUGUGUUGUUGAGGAUGAGAGGCUGUUGGUGUACAAGCAUAUGGAGAGCGGGGCUCUUUUGUCGGUAAUGAAGAAGCCAGGAGAAGCGCCGCUGGAUUGGGCAACACGGCUUAGGAUUGCCGUUGGGGCGGCACGGGGGCUUGCGUGGCUGCACCAUGGGUUCCAGGUUCCGCAGAUUCACCAGAAUUUGAGCUCAAGCGCAGUGCUUCUUGAUGAGGAUUAUGAGGCUCGGAUUACCGAUGUUGGGCUCACGAGGCUGGUCCGGAUGGCGCCUGGCGAGGGUGGUGAUACGAGUCCCUUCCUGAAUGGGGACUUUGGGGAGUUUGGAUAUGUUGCCCCAGAGUACGCUAGCAAUCCAGUUGGUACCAUGAAGACCGACGCAUACGCAUUUGGGGUCGUAUUGUUUGAGCUUGUGAGUGGGCAGGAGGCUGCUGCUGUGGUAACUGAUGCGGCGGGUGAAGGGUUCAAGGGCACAUUGGUCGAUUGGGUAAAUCAGCUCAAAGCUUCUGGGCGGAUCAGUGAUGUUGUUGAUAAGCCAUUGCGCGGAAUGGGCCAUGAUGCGCAGAUUGACGAGUUCUUGAAGAUCGCUUUUGCAUGUACCCAUGCUCUCCCGAGGGAGAGGCACUCAAUGUAUCGGGUUUAUCACUCUUUGAAGAGCAUUGGGGAGGACUGUGAUUUCUCGGAGCAGUUUGAUGAGUUCCCGCUGGCCUAUAACAAGGAAGAUUCGGACACCAUGUAGCUGAUGCUGAUUGCACUUUGUAUUGUGAAACCGCGGUCAGGCUCAAUGAUGCUAUGUGUGUAGCCUUGCUUUGGAUUGAUCAGGGGGCAUAAUGACUGCCGAGCCAACCAUAUUGACUCCAAAACUAUCUCUGGGUGUUCAGUUCAAUCCUUGCAUCAUCUCGGGAUGCGAUAAUCAUCUCACAUAAUUGUCACCAUCGCAGCAGGAAAAUCCGAAGUUUGACCUCACCGAGUGACAGCGAGCGCUGCUCGGCGCCUUGACUGGUCUGUUACCCGCGUAGUUAGAUCAAGAUGGAUAAAUAUUCAAGUGUGAAGUGACAACACAAUAUUUUAGCUUUCAUCCCUGGGAAUUUGUACUUGGGUGAAGACGAACAGACGAGAUGUAUCUUUUGCUUCUCUGUUCGAAUCAUGUGCUUAGCUGGUGCUUGCAGCUAAUUGUGCUAGAUUAUUGGUAGUUGUUCUGUCCGGAUUGACAAGGGCACGUUGCGCCUAAGAAAAUGGCUACAGCUCGAGACAAAACAGCUGCGCUAUCUUUUUCUUCUUCUUUUUCAGUCAAUGCUAGUGCUAAUGUAGCUCAUAUUUGACGGUUAAAAGAGCUCAUUUGGCUGUC